CAACACUAUAGCACGGGAGGCCGAUCGUAUAUUUAUGAUAGUCUGCGCUCCUACUCCUGCCACGUUCGGCUACUGCCACACAUUCCUCGCAUGUUCGCCUGUGGCACAGUCCUUCUAGCUGACCCAGCACCUCACACAGCUGUGUCCACCCUUAUCGUCUCGUAUGCCUCGCCAGAAGUCGUCCACCGGUAUCCCAGAGAGCCCAAACCUCUCCGAUGCCGUGCACUGCAUCAUCUGGUGCCUCUGACACUCGCGUGAUCCCCGGGGAGAAACAUACAUGUACAUAUGUAUGUACAUAUGUUUAGGUGCUCUGAUAUGUAGGCGCUGGAUCAGCUUACUUGGGUACCCCGCUCUCGCGUACAUACCUAGGUAGGUAAGCAAGCCUAACCCCAGCAUUAUCCUUAUACAUACGUAGGACCCACUCAAAUCUACUCCAUAAGAACCUCCACAUACCGGUUAUGAAUUCUGCUUGGCCAGCAUUUCAAUGAUGUGUUGGCCAGUACUCAUCAGCAUUUUGACGCCAGUGAUUGCGUGGGUCAUCCUCAGGAUCAUUAUCGUAUUUUCAUCUCCGCUCCGUGCGAUACCAAACGCCCACUUCACAACGCCUGUAUCGCGAAUUUGGAUCCUUUGGACGAGAUUUACGGGCAAGGAAUUUUCCAAAUGCCUUGAAUUGCACAACCGUCUUGGUCCCGUGAUCCGAAUUGGACCGCGUGAGAUCAGUGUCAACUGUAUUGAAGGUGGAGUCCGAACCGUAUAUGGCGGCAACUGGGAGAAGUCAAGCAUGUAUGAUAACUUCACACAAUUUGGUUUCUCGCCGCUCUUCGCAAUGCGUGACACGCAUGAACAUUUGGAGAGGAAGCGUCUUUUUACUUCCGUCUAUUCGAAGUCAACCAUUAGCAGGUCAAGUGAGAUAUCCAAGGCCGUGAGCUCCAUUUGUCACCAGAGGCUGGUACGCAGACUCCAAAAACAGGUCGACGAAGGCAAAAGUGUGGAUGUAUACUCCUUAACCAAACAGUGCAGCAUGGACAUCAUCACUGCUUACAUCUACGGCGAGAAGAACGGAACGAAUUGGGUCGUUAAUCCAAAUCAGGCUGCUCCACAUCUAUCAGCUUUUCAACGUGCGGCCGACCCAUGGUCGUUUUCCGUUUCUACGGAGGUGCCGAAACUGGUUGCGAUUUUAAGUUGGUUUGGUAUUCAGUUGAUACCGCCUACUGUAGACACGGCUUUUGCCCACAUUCAGUCUUUUGUCCUGGGUAUUACGACUGGAGCAAUCGAAUCAUGUUGUUCGAGCGUCACUAAAGGCAACGAUACUGAUGAAGUCACGAAGCAAGUAUGGCAAAAGUUAGAGGAUAUUCCCGAAGCAGAAAGACUCAAAAUGAUUGCAUCUGAUAUGGUAGAUCAGCUCCACGCCGGCCAUUUAGCCACUGGCGUCGUGUUGACAUAUCUCAUGUUGAAGCUUUCACGGAAUCUAGACAUUCAGGAGAGACUCAGGAUUGAUUUGACCACUUCGGCUGACCCUCAGGCGUCUGAGCUUUUGGAUGCCGUCAUCAUGGAAACGAUCCGGAUGUAUCCUGCUGGAUUUGGCCCCUUUCCUCGCGUGGCACCAGCAAACGCCACAGUCGCAGGUUUCGCGAUUCCGAAGAACACAAUAGUCACUGCGUCUCCCUACAUUCUCGGCCGCAACUCCGAAAUAUUCCCUCAGCCCGACAAGUGGUAUCCGGAGAGAUGGCUGCAAGCUGGGCCAGACCAAACGCGCAUCAUGAGACAAUGGACUUGGAUGUUUAUGAGCGGACAGCGGAUUUGUAUCGGGCAACAUUUGGCUCUGCUCGGUAAGUGA